CUCUACCCCACGGUUCAGUAUCUUUCAUCGGCAGCGCUUCCGUUGAUACUACCCCUCAUCAAAACAAAGAGAUAACAUACCUGCACCUGCACGACUUGUCAACGUCUUUCCAGUCGUGGUUUGGUCUAUUUCUCCGUGUGAGGUCACAAGAUCGGCUGGCUGCUCACAUUUCUUAUGUGUAUGUAUCUCUUUGGUGUGCUGCAAUUUGUCUGAUCGUUUGGCGAAUAAGACAUUAUAUUUUGCUGCAUUAAAUCGUGUCCCCUGUCACGCCAGAUAUUACCACCAUGGCUGGUCUUAGCAAUGCCACACUCACCAUUCUGGGAACAGGAAACAUCACAAAGCCCAUUGUGAAGAAUCUGCUUCCUGCCAUCAAGGACGGCAAGACAGAUCUGCCUUUCACAAAGAUCAUCGCUUGCGUGCGAUCAGAAGGUUCAGAGUCAAAGCUGAAUGGCCAGUUUUCAGAGUACAGUAGCAUUUUGACUGUUUCUCGUGGCGACAAUGUCAAAGCUGUACAAAAUGGCGACGUGAUCGUCUUAGGUGUUGAUCCAGCUGAUAUCGCCGAUGUUCUCGCCCAAGACGGCAUUCGAGAUGCUCUUUCAGGCAAGCUUCUCAUCAGUGUAGCUGCUGGCUGGACGAAGGAAAAGCUCGAAUCUACCCUCUACGGAAGCGAGACUACCAAGGAGAAUGCCUCUGGAAGGGCUUGGGUUAUUCGUACUCUGCCCAAUAUUGCAUGUAUGGUCUCAGAGGGACUCAUCGCCAUUGAGAAAUCACCUACCGAGCCUCAAGUCCCAACAGAGCUUAUGGAUCUCACCAAGAACCUCUUCAACACCAUCGGCAGAACCACCGAAGUCGCUCCUCGUCUUAUGAACGCCACGACAGCCGUUGGAGGAUCUACGCCAGCAAUGUGGGCUAUUAUCUGCGACGCCUUCAUCGACGCGUCCGUGGCCGUUGGUGUACCCAGGGCUACUGCACAGACUAUGAUCUACCAAUCUAUGAAGGGUUCCGCUGCAAUGCUGCAGAGUGGACUGCAGCCCGGGGAUUUGAGAGACCAGGGGACUUCACCUGAGGGCUGCACUAUUGGAGGAAUCAUGGUUCUAGAAGAAGCGGGAGUAAGGGGCCAUCUUGGACGUGCACUACGGGAGGCCGUUACUCUGGCAAGGUUGAUGGAGACUACUACCCAUGUUAAUGAUACACGCCCUACUUCAUAGACUUAGCCAGGAACAGAAUAUGAUAGAGGGUAUUUUGUACCCGAUUACCGGACACCAACUCCUUUUUGCCCUGCUAGACUGUCUCCAAAAUGUAAAUUAUCUCCGAUCUACUAUACUAGCCUUCCCGUAUGUAUGAACCUUGCUUUCCCUUCUACA